GGGUGUGAGCUACUAUGGCUAGACCUCAGGUAGCUAGCUAGCUCGCGACUCGAUCGUGCAAAAAAAGUGUUAGAAUCUGAAGUGAGAACUUUUUUACACUGACCACUACCCCAAGCCAUGAACUAGAAUGAAUGAAGAAUAUUCUAAUCUGUAUACAGUGUGCAAUGCCACGAACCAAACUCAAGUGUCACUUGGGAGCAUCUGCACUACUAUGUUGUCAUCAAUGGCCUCUGUGGUUGGGAGCUCUCUAAUCAUCAUAUCAUUUGCUGUCUGGUCUGAUCUCAGGACUACUGCAAGAGCUAUCCUUGUUUUCCUGGCUAUAGCAGAUCUUUUUACAGCCAUGGGCUAUUUUUUGGCCUCUGUACUCUUCCUAGCGAACGAGCAAGAUAAAUACGAAAUAUCGUCAUCUUUUUGCACUUUCCAAAGUUUCGUCACCACUGCAUUCCCGAUAUCCUCUUUCUUAUGGACUGCUAACCUUGCCGUGUACUUGUUUGUGUCCAUUACACUCAAAAGAGCCAAGACUGCUAAGAAACUGAUGCCUCUAUUCCACAUCAUAGCCUGGGGGAUACCGUUGUUGCUAUGCAUACCUGGAGCAGCUACAGGAGUAUUAGGAGGUACGCAAGCAGGUGCCUCCACACAAGGCACUGUGGCGUGGUGUUGGGUCUCAUUCAACAACAGCUUUGACAACCGCUCUUCAGUUGAUGAUGCUCGUUAUAGGCUUAUUGAGUUACAUGUACUGGAGUUGGUGUUUGGUAAACUGUGGGAGAUUUGCGUCUUCAUUAUUGCUAUUGUUCUGUGCAUUGCAGUGAAAUGUUCACUCCAAAAGAAGAAAAAGGAGAUCAAGAUGGCUGUGGAAAGUGCAAUGUACGGGAGCCUUAGCAAAGAAAGAGUGCAAGCAGCUCUCGAGCAGCUGGACCAAAAGUUGAUCUGGAUUCCAAUUGUCUUUGUUUUGUUUCGUGCUUGGGGAACUCUACGUUGGAUAAUCGCCACAACUUAUCCGGAAUGUGCAAAAAUUGACCGAAAUUGCAGUGUGCUGUUCAACAGUGUAUGGUUCACAGAAGAGUGUCUUGAUGUCAUAUACAAUCCAUUUCUUGUGUACAUACAGUCUAUCGGUGACACUGGGCAAGGAUGGGGGAACGCACUGCUGUAUGUUAUCUUCAAUGUAACAAUCUUCAAGCGAGUAUGCCCUUGCUUAUAUUUCUGCUGGAAACGAAUCAAAAAAGGCUGUAAAUAUCGUCGAAGCAAGAGUGAGUAUGCUCCGAUACAGUACACAAAGACAGAGGAGCAAGGUUGUAUUAGCAGAUCCUGUCAAUUGAUUGAGCCUUCUGCUGUGAAAGAAGCGACAAAAACUGGACAAUACACACCUGUGAACACUGACAUAGGCCCAAUAAACACUUAAUCCCCUCAUUUCCUUUGUUUGUCUGUGAAACAAUAAUUUGUGUGCUGCUUUUG